AUGGUGGUUUGCUUUCCGUCCACGCCCAAGAGGUUGGCUAUGACAAUAGGAUGCUUCAUUUCUGCUGCUGCUCUUUUUGCUUUUGGUGCUCAUAUCUCUUAUGUCAAUGUUGCCCCGCAACAAGCUCGAACCAAAGCUCGAAAUGAGUUUGUGAGGGAACGGCUGAAACAGAAGUAUGGCAAAUGA